UUUUAGUCUAGAGUAUAAUUCACUUCUUUUUUUCCCCUUUUGUCUUGGUCCUUUUUCUUUCUCUCUCUCUCAUUACCUCGAGGCCUUCACUACCCUGCCAUCUAGCCAUUUUGGCUUUCUAUAAUCUUUUAGUCAAAGUAAAAUGGCAGCCCAAGAAAUCACGAUUACGGGCUGGAAAACCCGCGAUGUCCGGUUCCCCACGUCUUUGGACAAGACGGGAUCGGAUGCCAUGAACGCCGCGGGUGACUACUCGUCUGCCUACUGCAUCCUCGAGACGAACUCGGAGUUCUCGGGUCAUGGAAUGACAUUCACCAUCGGCCGUGGUAACGACAUCGUCUGCGCGGCCAUCAACCAUGUCGCAGAGCGCAUCAAGGGCCGCACCCUGUCGUCACUCGUUGCCGACUGGGGCAAGACGUGGCGGCACCUGGUCAACGACAGCCAGCUGCGGUGGAUCGGGCCCGAGAAGGGUGUCAUCCACCUGGCGCUCGGGGCCGUCGUCAACGCCAUCUGGGACCUUUGGGCCAAGACGCUGGGCAAGCCGGUGUGGCGCAUCGUGGCCGAGAUGACGCCCGAGGAGUUUGUGCGCUGCAUCGACUUCCGGUACAUCACCGACGCCGUCACGCCCGAAGAGGCCAUCGCCAUGCUCAAGGAGACCGAGGCCGGCAGGGCCGACAGGAUCAAGGACGCCGAGAACAGCCGCGCCGUGCCGGCCUACACGACCUCGGCCGGCUGGCUAGGCUACGGCGAGGACAAGAUGCGGGCGCUGCUCGAGGAGACGCUGGCCAAGGGCUACAAGCACUUCAAGCUCAAGGUGGGCGGUAGCAUCGAGCAGGACAAGAGGCGGCUGGGGAUCGCGCGCGACGUCAUCGGGCACGACCGGGGCAACGUGCUCAUGGUCGACGCCAACCAAGUCUGGUCGGUGCCCGAGGCCAUCGAGUACAUGAAGGAGCUCGCCGACUUCAAGCCUUGGUUCAUCGAGGAGCCGACCAGCCCGGACGACGUGCUGGGCCACAAGGCGGUCAGGGAGGCGCUCAAGCCGUACGGCAUCGGCGUGGCGACGGGCGAGAUGUGCCAGAACCGCGUCGUCUUCAAGCAGCUGCUGGCGAGCGGCGCCAUCGACGUGUGCCAGAUCGACGCCUGCCGCAUGGGCGGCGUCAACGAGGUGCUGGCCGUCCUGCUCAUGGCGCGCAAGUUUGGCGUACCCAUCGUGCCGCACUCUGGAGGCGUCGGCCUGCCCGAGUACACGCAGCACCUGUCGACCAUCGACUACGUCGUCGUGUCGGGCAAGCUGUCGCUCCUCGAGUACGUCGACCACCUGCACGAGCACUUUUUGCACCCCUCGGUCAUCAAGGACGGCUUCUACCAAACCCCGACCGAGCCCGGCUACAGCGUCGAGAUGAAGCCCGAGAGCAUGGACCGCUACUCGUUCCCUGGUGAGGAAGGGGUCAGCUGGUGGCGUAGCGAAGAGGCCAGGCCCAUCCUUGAGGGAGUCAAGAUUUAGGCGGAGGGAGGGAGAAAAGAAAAGAAAGAGAAAAAAGCUUGAGCCUCGUGGUUUUCUUCUUCUUUUGGUCGACCUAGACCAAUUUGGGGAAAGAGGACCAACGUGACGUAACGGGGGGUUGUCGAUUCAAGCCGUGUGGGGGGUGGAUAAAGCCGUCAACGAUUCCCGUUUCGCGGCCGACCGCGAGUUUAACAAGGAACUUGUGUAUUUUGUCGCACGGGGCGGACUUUAUCGUUUUUUUUUUAAAAAAAAAAACAAUGCUUUUGCUUGUGUGAACAACUAACUGCCGAGUAGGAAUGGGGGAGGUUUGGGUUUUGGUGAACAGGGGGUCCGACCCAAUAGAUGGACGGUCCGCAGGGCAACGAUGGCAUCCUGUAUGAAUCUAGUAUCCCAGAGGAGAGGGUUUACUAGCAUCCCGAUGAUGACUUUAUGAGUUUAAGUUGCUCUUCUUUUUUUUUGGUCUUGACGAAAAGAAAAAUAAAAGUAACUUUGGGGGGUUCCGUCACCGGAAGACGGUUCCGCAGGGCAACGAUGGCAUCCUGUAUGAUAUCAUACAAAUAUCAUCCCUUAGACUAGAGG